AUGGCAACAACCACCACCUCCGAGACGGCGACCAACGAGUCGACGGGCGGCGCGGGAGUCGACUACGAUGCUUUGGUCAUUGGUGCCGGGUUUGGCGGCAUCCGAAUGCUGUACGAAUUGGGCAAACGUGGCCUGUCCGCCAAAGCAUUCGAGGCAGGCACCGGGGUCGGUGGCACGUGGUACUGGAACCGCUACCCCGGGGCCCGCACGGACAGUGAGAGUUGGGUGUACAUCAUCACCUUUCUCGAAGAGCUGGGCCUGGACUGGGACUGGAAGGAGCGCUUCCCGACCCAGCCGGAGGUCGAAGUCUACCUCAACCGGGUCACCGACCACCUGGGUCUCCGCAAGAAGAUCGAGUUCCAGACCAAAGGCGACACGUACACGUGCACCUUCUUGAUCACCGCCACCGGACCCCUUGCGACCCCCCUCAAACCCCCGUUCCCCGGGCUUGAGUCCUACAAGGGGGAAUGGUACCAGACGGGGCUCUGGCCGAAGCACAAGGUCGACUUCACGGGCAAACGCGUGGCGGUCGUGGGCACCGGAGCCACCGCGGUCCAGGUGAUUCCCAUCGUGGCGCACAAUGCCAAAACCCUCACCGUCUUCCAACGCACGCCAAACUACGUGCUGCCGGCGCGCAACUACCCCCUCACCGAGGACCAGCAGCUGGCGCUGCGGCGCGAGUACGAAAAGGUGGUGAAGCGGGCGCGGGCCCAGACAUUCGGCAUGGACUUUGUCGACGCGACGCUCAAGUCGACCGACCUCGAGACCGAGGCCGACAUGCUCAAGGUGCUCGAAUUCGGCUGGGAGAUCGGCGGGUUCCGGUUCAUCUUCGAGACGUUCGCCGACAUGCUGACCAACCCCAAGUGUAACGAGAUGGCGGCAGAGUUCGUGCGGAACAAGAUCCGCUCGAUCGUCAAGGACAAGAAGACGGCCGAGCUGCUGUGCCCGCACUACACCAUCCUGUCGAAGCGGCCGCCGCUGGGCCACUUCUACUACGAGGCCUUCAACCGCGACAACGUCGAGCUGGUGGACGUCAAGGACGACCCGAUCCGCGAGAUCACGCCCACCGGCCUGCGCACCGGCACGCGGGAAUUCGAGUUCGACAUGAUCAUCUUCGCCGUGGGCUUCGACGCUAUCACGGGCACACUGGCACAGAUCGACCUGCGCGGCAGCCAGCACCAGGUGCUCGCGGAGCAGUUGAACAAGGACAUGGCGACGGCGUACGGCAUCACAGCUCCGGGCUUCCCGAACCUGUUCAUGGUUUCGGGCCCGCAGGCGCCGUUCGCCAACAUCCCCAUCAUCAUCGACAACACGGUGGACUGGAUCGGCAAGACGGUGGCCUUCAUGCGGACGAACGGCUACGGCCGCAUCGACACCAAGGAGGACCACGCGAGGAGCUGGAGCGAUCAGGUCGACGCCGCUUUCAACGCCACCGUGCUCGCCGAGGGCGCCAAGGAGACGCGCUCGUGGUACAUCGGCGCCAACACCGAGGGCAAGACGGUGCGGCCGCUGUUCUGGUUCGGCGGCGUGGGACCCUACUUCGAGCGCUGCGACAAGGAAAUCAGCGACGGAUACCCGGGAUUCGAGUUCUCGUCCCCGGAGCAGGCCGGUCGAGCCAGGCUUUGA